CUCACUUUUGCUUAUCCCCAUUUCCCGAGUUAAUAUUACCUUCCUCCUUUAUCUCUCUUCACUUUUCAACGUUUUCUUGAUCGAAGCUUCUUCCUACGGGCUAUGGCUUCCGAAUCACCAAGUGCUGUUCGAAAGGUUGUGAUACACUUGAGGGCUACUGGUGAUGCUCCCAUUCUUAAGCAACAAAAAUUCAAGGUCUCUGGCACUGACAGAUUUGCUAGUGUUAUUGAUUUUUUACGACGUCAACUACAUAGAGAAACUCUGUUUGUGUAUAUCAACAGUGCCUUUUCUCCUAAUCCAGAUGAAUCGGUGAUAGAUCUCUAUAAUAACUUUGGAAUUGAUGGUAAGCUGGUUGUAAAUUAUGCUUGUUCCAUGGCGUGGGGAUGACUUUAGUGCGAUGUCUUUGUUGGGAUAAAUCAUUGAAAUGUACAUUCAGUUUGCUAUAUCAAGUUCUUCACUGCUACAAGGCCAUGUACAGGACACUGCAGAUUGUAUAAAUUUCAAGGAGCUGGUUAGCUGAUAGAUUGUUGAGUAUUCUGGCUUUCUCUCCUAGAUAUGUCUUACAGCAGCAAAAUUAAUACAUAUGAUUUCUCAGGAUUUUAUUUGUAAAGUUGAUCUGAUUCAUGUUGAUGUCUGUAGCAAGCAAAGAAUUUGCUUAAAAACUCUGGUCCCGCAUUGUGCUUGUUCUUCUAUUUCACAGUCGACAAAGGUAACACGGAAAUAAAAUCGAUAAUUGAAUUGAAA